AUGGAAAACCUUUCGUGGUUGCUGAUUAUUUUUAGUUUGUACGGAUGUCUCGCCGAUUGUAUUGACCUUGGACCAUUUAUUAGGAUUGGACAGUGUAGAUCAAAGUGUCUUUUGCAAUAUAGCUUGGAUGGAACGUGUGAUUUUACCUCCGAUCAGCCAAAAAUUAUGUGCCAACAGUGUUGGAACUAUUGCGAGGUCGUGGAAAAACAAUGGGAGAAAGCUAACCAAACCUUUUGCGCAAGAAAUGAUCUCUAUGAAAAUUGUGAAGUUUGCCAGUUAGCGUGUUCCUUUAAACAAUUGAAAACAAUUGAAAAAUAUCUGCCAUCGAUGUUACCAAAACCAAAAAAGUAUCCAGUAACUUUAAACAAAUUGGACGUAGCUAUAGAAAUAAAACAAAUAAAUAAUGAAUGGACAGAUACGAGUUAUCUUUCAGGAGCAAUGUUGGGAGCAUUCCCAACAUUUCCUUUAGACAGUUGGAUUAUAGUUGUCACGGAACAAGGUAUUAUUCAAUACAGCUGGCAAAAAUGGUCACCAACUUUGGAGGACUUGAAGGAAGGAAAAUUAUACGAGGCUACCAUCUCGUGGAAAGAUGAUGAAUCGACUCAAUUGACAAUACCAAUAGAUACUCAACAACUGAAAUUAAAUGACGAAAUAAGACAAAUGUAUCUCGAAAAAUAUGGUCAAAAAGUUUUAACCGAAUUGAGGAGCCAAGUAGCAGAUUCGCGAAUUACUGAUGAAGUAUUCAGAAGAUUUUUCUUAAAAAAGAUUGACGAACGCGACGAUAAGGACAAAGCUGACGAUGUUAAGUCUUUAAAAAGUGUAUGCAACCGAAAGACUCAACAAUCAUCCUAUACAGUAUCUUGGGAACCAGAAACUGGUGGUCUUACUGGUAAUCAAGUAACAGAUUCAAAUUCUGCUCAAAUAUCUCUUUUCCCUGGCACUAAGUAUUUAGUUUGGAUAUCAUCUAACGACGGACCUGCUAGUUUGCCCAUCGAAGUCGAUACCAGGUCAAUAGAACAAGUCUUUAUCAAUAUCAUGGAUAAAUAUUAUUACGAAAUUGCCUGUUUCGGUUCUGCCUUCAUUUUAUCAAUUUUACUUCUUAUUGUUAUCACUGAGAUUAAAAGAAGAAACAAAAAAGCUAGUUUAGAAGAAGCUUAAAAACAUCACGUCGCGUUUCUCGUACAACUAUCGAUUGUAUAAAAAUAUCGAACGAAUUUAAUGUCGUCAACUCUUUCAUCACGUACGUCUUAUCACUUGACAGAUUAUACGAUAAAUGUCAAUGAAUGUACAAAUAUCGCUCAGGAGAUUUAGAAUAGUGAAA